GCCACCAAAUCGUGAUGGCAGUUCAAGUGACAGACAAAAAAGAAAAAGGAGAAGAUUUUGCUGCCUUUCUGGCAAAUUCAGAGACCUUUUGACACUUCUCUCUCUUUCAUGUACACAAACACUUUUCAAGGGUUCUAUCUGUCUACUUGUUUCUUGUCUUCUCUUUUUCUGUCUUCUGCCGCUGUAGACAUAACUUCAGUUAACCCAUUUAACUCUUACUAAGUAUAUACUUGGCCUAAAAAAGGUAUGUCAGGUUUAUAUAAUCAUAGCUACUCACCUUCUAGAGCUGCAUCUCCACAGAUUAGAACUAAUCCAGAUGUUGACACUAAUCAGUACUUGUCAGAAUUGUUGGCUGAGCAUCAAAAGAUUGGUCCUUUCAUGCAAGUUCUUCCCAUAUGUAGCACACUCUUGAAUCAAGAGAUUAUGAAGAUAUCAGGAAUGAUGCCAAACCAAGGUUUUGGUGAGCUUGAUCGGUUUCGGCAUAGAAGUCCCAGCCCUAUGACUUCACCAAACCUUAUGUCAAAUGUUGGUGGAACAGGAUUGGGUGGUUGGAGUGGACUUGCGCAGGAGAGAUUAAGUGGAGCUCCUGGAAUGUCAAUGGACUGGCAUGGGGCACCAGGUCCUAGUUCAUACACUGUGAAACGGAUAUUGCGUUUAGAAAUUCCAUUAGACACUUAUCCAAACUUCAAUUUUGUUGGGCGACUUCUGGGUCCCAGGGGAAAUUCCUUGAAACAGGUGGAAGCUACUACAGGGUGUCGUGUAUAUAUUAGAGGAAGAGGGUCAAUCAAGGACCCGGAACAGGAGGAAAACCUACGUGGAAUACCAGGAUAUGAGCACCUGAAUGAACCACUCCAUAUUUUAAUCGAGGCAGAAUUACCAGCCAAUAUUGUGGAUAUUAGAUUGAGACGGGCACAAGAAAUAAUAGAGGAGUUGCUCAAGCCAGUGGACGAAUCACAGGAUUAUAUAAAGAGACAACAAUUGCAUGAACUUGCGAUGCUAAAUUCAAAUUUCAGGGAAGAGAGUCCCGGACCAAGUGGCAGUGUCUCUCCUUUCAAUACUGGUGGAUUGAAACGUCCCAAGACCGGUCGUUGAGAAGUUCAGACAUUCAAGUUCUUCAUCUCAUAUCCGCGUAGCUACCUAAACCCAAGAUAUGAAUAGAGAAAGAGGUCCCUUGUGCAGGUGACGUUGUGGUUGGCUUGUGGAUUUUAUUUAUUUGUCAACAGAAGAAACAAAAAAAGGAAGGGAGUAUAUAGGAAGAAUACAUCUUGUGGGUUACAGUUGGCUCUUUGGAUUAAUUUUGGUCCUACCAGUUCUAGUAAACUUCCUACAUUGGAUUUAUUUAUGUGUUAGUAAUUGUUGUAUGAAA